AUGUCGCAAUUCGUCGGAAACACAUCGCUAGCGUUCGCGCGGACAUGGCACCACGUUUCGGCCAAGGACCAGACGCUCGGCUCGCUUGCCAUCAACAUUGCGCGCAAGCUCAUGGGCAAGGACAAGCCCAUCUACGACCAGAGCAUGGACUUUGGCGACUACGUCGUCGUCACCGACGCCAAGCAGGUCGUCGUCACCGGCCGCAAGGCCGACCAGAUCGUCUACCGACACCACACCAUGUACCCCGGCGGACUCAAGGAGAUCAAGUACAAGACUAUGAUGGAGAAGAAGCCCGAAGAGAUCAUCAUCAAGGCCGUCUCGGGCAUGCUGCCCAAGAACAAGCUCCGCGAUCGGCGUCUCGAGAGGCUCAAGGUGUUUGCCGGCGACGAGAACCCGUACGCCCAAAAUAUCACGAAGCGAUAUGACCUCGGCGACGCCUUUGAGGUGGCAAAGAAGGACGCCAAGGCGUAA